GUUAAAGGGGCCGCGGCGCGGCUAGACGCGGUGGUCGUGCACCAUGGCCUACCAGGGCUUCGCGCAGGAGUACCUGGGCAUGCCGGCCGUGACGCGCGCUUACACCACCGCCUGCGUCAUCACCACCGCCGCUGUGCUGGAGUUCAUCACCCCCUUCCAGCUGUAUUUCAACCCUGACCUCAUCUUCAGGAAGUUCCAGAUAUGGAGGCUGAUCACCAACUUCCUCUUUUUUGGGCCCCUGGGAUUCAGUUUCUUUUUCAACAUGAUAUUUCUGUACAGGUACUGCCGCAUGCUGGAAGAAGGCUCCUUCCGUGGAAGGACGGCUGACUUCGUCUUCAUGUUCCUCUUCGGAGGGUUUCUCAUGACACUAUUUGGCCUCUUUGCCAGCCUGUUUUUCCUGGGCCAGGCAUUCACCAUCAUGCUGGUGUACGUGUGGAGUCGCAGGAACCCUUACAUCCGCAUGAACUUCUUUGGGCUGCUUAAUUUCCAGGCCCCUUUCUUGCCCUGGGUCCUGAUGGGAUUCUCUCUGCUCCUGGGCAACUCCAUCAUCAUCGACUUACUGGGGAUUGCUGUGGGUCACAUCUAUUAUUUCUUGGAAGAUGUUUUCCCCAACCAGCCUGGAGGAAAGAAACUGCUGUUAACCCCUGGCUUCCUGAAGAUGGUAUUUGACACACCUGAAGAGGAUCCCAACUAUAACCCUCUCCCUGAGGAUCAUCCAGAAAACCAACCUAGAGACCAAGACCAAAACCAGCAGCAGCACCCACAGUAACAGAGGACUUCAUGCUGUGGCCAGAUUCCUCUCUCCCGGCUGGACUUACGCUGUGGCCCAGAGAUCCUACUGGAAUAACACCAGUUGCCAUUCCAAUGUGUGAUGUCUCGCUGUUUGUACGGGUAACUCCUCUUCCCCUGGUACCCAGCGGUUCCACAGGGCCCUGCAUGUGAGAACUGAUGCUCUCAGAGGUGUUGUAGGGACAGGGGCUGGGAGUUGUGAUGGCUCCUCAGUUACCUGGGGGGGAAUAAGUAUCAAACGGGGUGUUAAACCAGUUACUCCUCCUCUUGCUGUUAAUGACUCGCUGUGUGCCAGAUCACUCUGUACAAAGACCAAUGUUCUCGGCUCUCGCUGUUUGUGAGACCUCUUUGUGGGCUUUCAAUGAAGUAGAACUCCCUGCUCUACCAUAGUAGAAUGCAGCUCAGCCUCUUCCUUUCCUCCAAGUCUCCCACCCCUUUUUUCAGUUCUUGUUUCCAAAGAGUCUUUACAUUAAAAUCUUUAUUUUUCAGUUGUGUCCGUUUCUGCCAGGGGCAGAGGCAGCAGUUCACCUGUAUUCGUUAGGACUUUGCUUAAAACCACCAGGCUGUUUGCUUGGGCUUUUCUUUUUUUGGUGGGCAAAGCGAAGUCCAGGUUUGCUGGACUCUUGUGUCAGCAGGAGAGCAGAGCAUGGGGAAGGUUGGGGGUGUCUGCUUGGAGACAGGGAUUUCUGGGAAAGGAGAGGGGACGGAGCCGGACACUUGAGCCAGGCAGGGACUGGAAGUAGCACUUGACACUGGUAAUAAAGGCUGUCUGCACGUGCA